AUGUCAAAGAGUCCAAGUCGGAGACAAACUCGAGCUGCAAGGAGAACGCAAUAUGCGGAUGGUGUCGAAGACGGGAGGAAUGGGAGGACGGAUGAUGACAUAUUAGACGAUGUGAGACCCCGAGAUGGCCGUCGCGGACCGAAACGACCACGCACCAUUCUUACAUCUGCUCAGAGACGACAAUUUAAGGCCUCCUUCGAGUUAUCACCAAAACCAUGUAGAAAAGUUCGUGAAGCACUUGCAAAAGAUACGGGAUUGAGUGUACGUGUAGUUCAAGUGUGGUUUCAGAACCAACGAGCAAAAAUGAAAAAGCUCCAACGGAAAGCAAAAUCAGACACAAACUCAGAAAAAGAUACAAAAGAUGACAGAAGAGCUGAUAGCCCUCAUAGCGACCACGAAGCUCUUCAUAACUCAAAAUUAGAGUUUACACGGUACAGACUUUUAUUGAUAUUUGAAGCCACGCUGACACAUCAUUGA